AUGCGUCGCUAUCGGAGCCUCCUUCCUUGGUCUAUUUUGUUGGCUUCACUUGGAGGAGCAGAGGCCAAGCUAGACUUGAACUCGGCCAGCAACAUCGUUGUUUACUGGGGCCAAAAUUCGUUUAAUGGAAAGGGGGACCAGGCACAGCAACCCCUGGCACACUAUUGUGAUAAUGAUGACAUUGAUGUGAUCCCAAUGGCGUUCAAUAUGAUGGUCAAUGGCCCAGGAGGCGCUCCAGAGAUUGAUUUCUCUGUUACCAGCAAGGACUGCGAUGUGUUCGAAGGCACCUCAUUGAAAAAUUGUCCUUCAAUUGCCAAGGACAUCAAGACGUGCCAAGAGAAGGACAAGACUAUUCUUCUUUCAAUCGGUGGAGCCACCUACAGCGAGGGGGGCUUCAAGUCAGAACAAGAUGCCAAGGAUGGUGCGAGACUGAUGUGGGAGACCUUUGGGCCCAAACAAGAGGGUUCCGACGCGCUUCGUCCCUUCGGUGAUGUCGCCCUGGAUGGGUUCGACUUUGACUUUGAGGCCAAUGUGGAACAUAUGGCCGAUUUCGCCAACGAGCUGCGCUCACUGAUGGAGGCAGAUAAGACCGAGCAGAAGUUUUUUUUGACAGCAGCACCUCAAUGUCCUUACCCUGACCAGGCAGACAAAGAUAUCCUCAACGGCCCUGUUUACAUUGACGCCAUCUGGGUACAGUUCUACAACAAUUAUUGUGGCGUCAACAACUUCAACACCGACAGCUCAAGCAGCAAGUACAACUUCGAAGAAUGGGAUAAUUGGGCGAAGACGGUGUCAAAGAACAAAGAUGUAAAGGUUAUCGUCGGCGUGCCAGCAUUCACUACUGCUGCUAGCACGGGAUAUAUCCCGUCAUCCGAGUUGGCGAAGGUAAUCGAAUAUACGAAGAAGUUUGAGAAUUUUGGCGGUGUUAUGAUGUGGGAUGCCACACAGGCCUACGCCAAUGAAGGAUUUAUUAAGGACGUGCGCAAAAGCCUGGGCCCUGCGAAUGAUUCCGGUUCGUCGCCGUCCGAUCCGGUGUCAAGCUCGGCAUCUGAUUCUACGUCCACUGACUCAACGAAGCCAACCACGAAAACAACCACGAAGUCGCCAUCUUCCAAUGUACCCGACUCCUCACACUCGUCUUCCUCCUCCUCAUCUGUGUCUGCUUCGCACAAGGCGGAUGAAGAAAUCACUAUCAAGGAACACAAGCCAGUCGUUACGGUUACUAUGACCACCACCAUUACCGUCACCGUUGCCGACAGUGAGAAAACGCCCGUCGCUUCCGUUACGAAACCCCAUCCGCCUACUGUCGCCGCUACAACCGCAGAACCAAAGCCUGAAAGUAACGAUGCAAAGUCGACUGUUGCUGCAGAGACAACUACACGGCCCCAGGCCUCCAAACCUACGACUGUGGUUCCCACAUCAACUGCUAGCCCGCAGAAUGAGCACGACUUGCAGAGCAAUCACAAUGAGUCAACUGAUCAAUCAGGCACCAAUCAUCUUACCUCCAUCCUCGGCAACGACCUUCUUAGUUUGCUCGAUGGCAUCCGUAAGGCGAACCAGAUUGCUCGCGGCGCGACUCGUGCCAUAGUCAACAAUCUCCGACAUGCUCACCGCAACAGUAUCUGA